AGCGAAGUCCAAAGUAUGUUCGUUUACAAAUUGUGCACUCUGGUAAAAAGCGUUUUGAAGUCAUAACAUAAUAUCGCGCGAGGAGACGUGAAAACAAGUCUUUAUUAAUCCAUAAUCUGACCCCGGCCGUGUAUGAAAAUGAUCAAAAGCGCUUAUUGACGUUUUACCGCCUCUAGCGUUCUUUUCUGUAGUUUUUGAAACUGCAGCGAGACGUACGCAUCGCCAGAGAGGCAGCUGAUAAUGGCAAAAGGAGCAGUAGAUUGGGCCACUGUAUCCACCCCCUGUGCUCUUUUCUGAUUGUAACAGUAUAUACUAAGCAUUCAAGAAGAUAUCCAGAAUGGCAGAAAACAAUGAACCAGUGUCCUUCACGACCUUGGCUAUUGUCAUGAAGCAUAUAGACCCAAACAUGAAAUUAUCAGAAGCUCAAAUCUGGGCUUCAGAGCUCCAUAAAUGCAUUUCUGAUAUGCAGAAUCGUAAAUAUUCUUCCUUGCUAGAAUUCUCUAAUGAGGAAGCACUUUGUUGUGGUUUGUGCUGUCCGGGUACUGCAAAGGAAAAAAUUCAGGCUGUUAUUGACUAUAGGAAAAGUCAUCCUCUACCAAGUCGUUCCUACUUAUGAUUUGAUUGUACAUCUCCACAAGGUAUUGUAAACUAAUUGCUUUAAGCUAUAAAAGGAAAAGUAGAUUAUUGGAAAGCUGCUAAAUCAAGUAACAUCUCUAAAUGAAGUGACAUCUCAACAUUAUCCUCUGAUGUGCUACUACUUGCAGCUCAGACUUUCAUGUUUCGAAACAAACAUUGCAAUGCUUCUGAUGAAGAGGCUCUCCACGCUUUUCACAAAGCCAUUCAAUAUUUAAAAGGGGAGCAACGUACAUCAACUGAGUUCAUAAAGUGUUGCAUCAUUGAGCUCACAGGGAUUAUCCAAUGUGUAAACCAGCAUUUCACAGAAGAAAGCAUAGACAUAUUUGGCUUUAGAAUAGCUAAAAAUGUGAUGGAUAACAUAAAUCAAGGCAAAUGGCCUCUAAAAUCAGAUGAUUAUUCAUGGGAUGUACACUUUCUCUCCGAAGAAACUAUAAUGAGAGAGAAGAAAUAUUUAGAAACAAGAGUGACAAUUACAUAUUCCCAGAGUGGGGCAGGAUGGGGCAAAACUGUUACCGCUGGUACAUGUUUUGUGCACAAGGUGUAAACAGCAGGAAGGAAUAUUAUGCAAUUAAAAAAGGCUGUUACAAUCAAGGGUGUUUUUUAUGAAGUUGACGGUGAUUUCAGAGCCAGCGAAGAUCCUGCCCUUCUGAAAGAAUUUUAAAAAGACUAAAUAAAUGGACAAUGUUAUACUGAGUUCCAGGGGACUCCUAAAUAUUGCUGGAGCAGUGAUGGCAAACCUCCUGCUCACCCAUUAUUUUAUUGUGGCUCAACUCUACUGGUCUAAUUCUCCAUGCAAUUUAAACUACCAACUGGAACAAGUCACAGAUAAAGAGGCACUAACACUACUUUAUGAUGAGAUGCCCGCUCUAGAGGAAAAAGGAAAAACUGAUUCUACAUUUAAAACAUACACUUGGUUUUUGAACAAACCAAGUAAUGCUGUCACUGACUUCCCAGAACUAAAAGAUUAUUCUGAGGGACAGACUUUCUGUGAGGACUACUUAUGUCCUUCAACAGAACCCCUUCAAACAGAAGGCUUUAGUUAUGAGUGGUCAAGAGAAGAACAUGAAACCUCACACAAAGACUUCAUAUUAAUAUACAGAGCAAAGCCAACCCUUGAAAGAGUUCCUCAGGUUAUUACAGAGGAAAACAGAAUAAGAUUUGAUUACUGGCAGUAUAUCAAAGUGUUUGUUGUCUUUGGUGGGUCACAUCGUGAUGGAACAGUUCUUGCCUCAGAUCCAGCUUGGAUUGAUCAGGCACACAGAAAUGGGGUAGGCAUAUUUGGCACAGUUUUUUUACCUCCUCUGGAAUUUGGGGGAAAUGUGAAUGACACUGAAGAAUUGGCAAAACCAGAGAACCUACAGAAACUAGAGGACAUUGCCCACCGAGUAAACUUCAAAGGGUGGUUUCUGAAUAUUGAAAGCUUUGAGGACUGUAAUGAGCCUCGCUUAAAAACGCUGAAACACUCAAUUAAGGAAAUGGAUCUCAGGUGUAAAGAAAUUAUCUGGUAUUUACCCAGUCAUGAUAAAAGUGAUGACUUUGACCUAAAAUCUAGAGGAGUAAAGAUGACGUGUGAUGAGAAAAUCAAUAAUGCAGCACCUGCUUUUAAGGAAGAAAAGGGAAAAUUGUAUUUGGAUUUUUCUCAGCUGAUUGAAAGUUUUAUUGUUUGUUUUUUUGUUUUUGUUUUUUGAUCAGGCUUCUCGGAAUUACCACAUGUUUGUUGAUGAACCCUUUUGAAAAAAUACACUAAAACAGACAAGAUAUUUAGUAGACCCUGUCAGAUUUCGACGUGCACAGAACUGUCUUUGGCAAUUUUUUCUGGGUGAAAAUGGUCUGGAAAGAAAAAUCUGUACUAUAUACUGCUGUAUUAACCUGCUCUCUAGACCCUUAGAUAAGACUUUAGAUGGCAAUGUAAAUAUAAAAUUGUAACACAAAACAUUUCACAAAACUAGUUCUGAAAAGCUGUUUGGCUCAUUUUUAAUUGUGUUGGGAUUUGUUAGUACUGUCAGUUUCAUUUUAGGUGUGUAUUAUUUCACCAUCUUGAAAUUAUGUUAAACAGGACAUAAACGUGAAACGUAAUGCACACUGUAGCAUGCCAUUCGUUGGUGAAACUGAAAUAUGUAUUUGAGACUGAGCAUCUUUUUCUGUUUUUUUUUUUAUUAGAAUGAUCUCACAUAAACUCUUGCAAGUAAUACAGGACAAUCCUCUGUGUUGUUUAUAUGAUGUAUUGUAAUAAACUUA